AUGGCCGUUAGUACAGAAGAGUUAAAGGCCAAGUAUGCCGGUGGGAAUAGAACUGUUCAGUUUAGAGAAUUCUUCUCCCAGCCGGUGACUGCUGCUUUCUGCGCCGGCGGUGUCGCCGGCGCGGUGUCGCGAACCGUCGUAUCCCCCCUCGAGCGCCUGAAGAUCCUCUUCCAGGUGCAAAGUGCCGGCCGCAACGAAUACAAGCUAUCUGUAGGCAAGGCGCUUGCUAAGAUGUGGAAGGAAGAAGGUUGGAGGGGUUUCAUGGCUGGUAAUGGAACCAAUUGCAUUCGCAUCGUUCCCUAUUCUGCAGUCCAGUUUGGUAGCUACAACCUCUACAAACGGCAUUUCUUCGAGAAGUACCCGAACGCUCCUUUAUCUCCCCUCCAGAGGCUCUUAUGCGGCGGUAUAGCGGGCAUUACCUCAGUAUUUUUUACAUACCCGCUCGACAUAGUGCGGACUCGGCUGUCUAUUCAAUCCGCGUCAUUUGCCGCACUUGGCAACAUGCCAAAGGACAAGAUGCCGGGCAUGUGGUCUACAAUGGUCACGAUGUAUAAGCAGGAGGGCGGCCUACCUGCUUUGUACCGUGGCAUAAUACCUACAGUCGCAGGAGUGGCGCCAUAUGUGGGGUUAAAUUUCAUGACAUACGAAUUCGUCCGCAAGUAUUUAACACCUGAGGGCGACCAAAACCCCAGUGCAGCACGAAAGCUAUUGGCCGGUGCCGUAUCAGGUGCCGUUGCUCAGACAUGCACAUAUCCAUUUGACGUCCUGCGACGGAGAUUCCAAAUCAAUACCAUGUCUGGUAUGGGCUACAAAUACAAGUCGAUAGGAGACGCUGUCAGAGUAAUAUUAGCCCAAGAAGGGCUCAGGGGUCUAUAUAAGGGCCUCAUUCCUAACUUACUCAAGGUCGCCCCUAGCAUGGCCGCCAACUGGCUAAGCUUUGAAGUCACUCGAGACUUUUUGGUUAGCCUGAAGCCAGAACAAGAGGAUUCUUCGUAA